CAGAUAUAAAAGCCUCAAGCUUCCCUUUAACAUUCUGUGCAACAUUGAAGAAUUUCUAGGCUCUCAAGUCUAUCAAGCCAGUGGUUCUAUCAGGCCAGACACAAAGGCAGCCAUGCAUUCUUAUACUCUCCUUACCACCCUCACGCUGGGCACAGCAGCUUCUGCUUACCAGCUCCCCCAAAACCUGAAAUCCAUCUACGAUAACCAUAAGGCUGGCUCGUGCUCCAACCGCCUUUCCGACAGGUUCCCUGAGGGCGCUAGAUACUGCGGUGAUAUCUCAGGGGCUAUCUUCCUGAAAGGCUCAAACGGAAACUAUGACAACAUGGACAUUGACUGCGAUGGCGCAAAUAACCAUGCAGGUGCUUGCUCGAGCGAUCCCUCCGGACAGAGUACCACUGCGUUCAAGGACACAGUCAACCAUUACGGCAUCCCUGACUUGGAUGCGAAUGUCCAUCCCUACGUGGUUUUCGGCAACGACGGAGCCUCACCAUCCUUCGAUCCUCAGCAGCAUGGCAUUAAGCCACUGAGUGUCAUGGCCGUUGUUUGCAACAGUGAAGUGGAAAGUCUUUCACAAUGUAUUUCAACAAUUUCCUGCUAACAUUGCAUAGCACUACGGUAUCUGGGGAGAUACUAACGGAGGCACUUCCACCGGCGAAGCUUCAAUAU